GGCCCGGGCCGGCGAGCGAGCACCUCACCCUAGCAGUGGCACCAGGAUCGGUUGCCCCGAGCCGUUAUUCAAGCGAAGAAAUGUUGCUACAGAAGAAGAAGUUAUGUCAGAUGGUGGCUUUCAUGAGGCCCAGAUCAAUAACAUGGAGAUGGGACCAGGUGGUAUUAUUACUUCUGACAUGAUUGAGAUGAUAUUUUCUAAUAGCCCAGAGCAACAACUUUCUGCAACACAGAAAUUCAGAAAACUGCUUUCAAAAGAACCUAACCCACCUAUUGAUGAAGUUAUCAGCACACCAGGAGUUGUGGCCAGGUUUGUGGAAUUCCUCAAACGAAAAGAGAAUUGUACACUGCAGUUUGAAUCAGCUUGGGUACUGACAAACAUUGCUUCAGGAAAUUCUCUUCAGACCCAGAUUGUGAUUCAGGCAGGAGCAGUGCCCAUCUUCAUAGAAUUGCUCAGCUCAGAGUUUGAAGAUGUCCAGGAACAGGCAGUCUGGGCUCUGGGCAACAUUGCUGGAGAUGGUACCAUGUGCAGGGACUAUGUCCUGGACUGCAAUAUCCUUCCUCCUCUUUUGCCGUUAUUUUCAAAACAAAACCACCUGACCAUGACCCGGAAUGCAGUAUGGGCUUUGUCUAAUCUCUGUAGAGGGAAAGGUCCACCUCCAGAAUUUGCAAAGGUUUCCCCUUGCCUGAAUGUGCUUUCCUGGUUGCUUUUUGUCAAUGACACUGAUGUAUUGGCUGAUACCUGCUGGGCCCUCUCCUAUCUAUCAGAUGGACCCAGUGAUAAAAUUCAAGCAGUCGUUGAUGCAGGAGUAUGUAGGAGACUUGUGGAGCUACUGAUGCAUAAUGAUUAUAAAGUAGUUUCUUCUGCUUUUCGGGCUGUGGGAAACAUUGUCACAGGGGAUGGUAUUCAGACACAGGUAAUUUUGAAUUGCUCGGCUCUUCAGAGUUUAUUGCAUUUGCUGAGUAGCCCUAAAGAAUCUAUCAAAAAGGAAGCACAUUGGGCAAUAUCCAAUAUCACAGCUGGAAAUAGGGCACAGAUCCAGGUAAUCUCAAAACACAGCCUUCCUUUUUGUGCUUUUAUUGAUUGGUAAGAUUUUUUUUCAGUCAGCUUUUAAAAUAAAGUUUUUAUUAUUGCUUUGAAAACCACUAACUUCCUACGGUGUUUCAUAGUCUACUUAUUUUUUCCUAGCUUACUGAUUUUAAAUAUUCCCAAAUUUUAUUUAGGCCUUGAUUUUUCUCUGUGCCUUCAGUAUUUGAUGAUGUACACAUGAUCCAAGAAUAUGCAUGUUGUAUUUUUAAAGGCUUUGAUAGACUUCAUGCUAAGCAGAUUGGCUUUACUCUUGCCAAGUAAAAUAUUUACUUUGCAGUGGACCACGUAUUAGAUUGUUUCAGUUUUUCAUGAAGCCUGGAGACCUGUUUUUCUUUAAAUGGUUAUGUGCCUUUUACUUUUUGCCUUUCUGUAAGUGGGAGCGUAACCUACAUAGAAGACAAGCAGUGGGCCAGCACGUUCAGCAUAAGCCUUGGCUGAGACUGAACAGCAGGUUGGAAAAGAUAGGAUUUAGACUUUAGGAGACUUGGAGCUAAGUGGAAUCAUAAAGGUCAUCUAAUCUUACAUGUUGGUGUCCUAAUCUCCUCUUCUCAGAAGAACACUAAUCACACUGCAUGAGGGCCUUAUUUUAACUUCAUUUCCUCUUUAAAGACCCUAUUACCAAGUACAUGUUGUGUAUAAACAUGUACUGCAUAAACGAAGUUUCAGUUAACAACUACCUGUAUGUACAACAGUGACUCCUUGAGAUUAUAUUGCCUAGUGACAUUGUAACCAUUAUAGUUUGUGUAAAUACACUUUGCGACAUUUAUACAACACCAAAAAACAAUGAUGCAAUUCUCAUUUUGUCACAUUCUAAGAUAUUACUUUGGGUCAUAAGUCAGACUCUGAUGCCUCUAGACUUGAGUUUAACUGGCCUAAUAGCAACUAACUGGAGUAAUAUCAACUGGAGUAGUAUCAACUAAUAGUAGGUGAUAGAGAUAAUAACACAGUAGCUAAGAAUAUGUUAAUAAAGAGCAUAAUGGUAGAAAACCAUUAUUUAAUGGUUGAGAGAGAGUAAUGGUUUAAGAUAUGCAGGCUCUGAGACCAGGAUUUGAACUGGGGUCUAUUGGUUACUAGCUGUCUGACCUGCUUUAAUUCCUUAAGUGCAAAAUGGGGAAACUAGUAGUCAGAGAUAGGCCCAGAUUUUGCAGGUCUUGAAAUUUACAUCCCUCAGGAAAAGAAUAUAAAAUUACCAAUAAAAAUUUGUGUAUAAAAGUGAAUAUUUAAAAUGAAAAAAUAAAUCAUGGCAAAGGAUAUAUUUUGAAAUGCUGAAAAUUGUAUUCCAAAACAAAAAUGUGUUUAGAGCCACUCCAACACCACCCAAGGCAAGAGGAACUCUAAGAAGUCAUUGUGCUUAAAUUAUUUUACUUGUGAAGUUUUCUUAAAUCAUAUAAACCAUGUGAAGAUGUUAUUAGAAUUGUUCUGAGUCUUUUAAAAAAGCCUGUGCAAAUGAAGUCCUGUCAGCCAAGCUACAUCCUUUUCAUAAUGAACUUGCCUUGGCCAACAGCACCUGUGUCACAAGUGUCACCACACUUCCCAGUUUUCCUGGUCUGGACUUUCAGUAUGACACUGUGGUACUGAAUAUGAUACCACCCUGGGUGAACUUGAAUGAAUUUCUCCCCCUACAUGAGGUUACUGUGAGGAAGAAACAAACUUAGACUGAUUUGGAAUCAGCACAGAAAGAGUAAUUGAUAUCACAAGGCCAGAUGAAUGUCCCAAAGGAAAAAAAAAAGGAGAGUGAGGAGCCAUCAUGGUAAGGACUGCGAUAGUUUGGAUCCUGAAUGUCCUCCAAAGGCCUGCAAGUUAAAGGCCAAGUCCCCAGGUGGACACUUUAAGGGGCAGGCCUCUGGACAGUCUUGGGAUCACUGGGGACAGGCACUGGAAGGGACUGUGGGACCUGGUUCUUCACUCACUUGCCAUGAAGG